CCCAACGCAUCGGAAGCACGCGCCUUUUUACCUGUACCAGGCGCGCAGAUAUCGGGAAAGAAAGGAUCCUCGCACUUUCUUCAUGUCCUAAACUCACGAGAGCAUUUGAAUCCUGUCUAACUCCAAAUGCUGCUAUAGUAUCGGUCAGUGAAGUAAAUUGAUAAAAUAUAAGGGUGCUCUGUCAUAAAUUUUGGACAUCUCCACAGAGAGUGACGCGCUCCACUAAAGGUAUUGAGUACACAGCUCAAGGUGGACCGUAUUUACAAACUUUUGAAAAUCUACGGAGAAGCACUGGGAGAGAUCGUUCUCUGGUUUUCCGUGUCUGUUUAGAGAGGAAACCGAAAGGACUUAAAUCCUCACGCAACGAUGAUGUCCUACAUCAAGCAGCCUCAUUACGCCAUGAACGGGUUAAAUCUGCCUGGACCAGGGAUGGAUCUGCUGCACACUACAGUGGCAUACCCUUUUUCUGUAUCUCUGGAUUUCUCAGCCACUCCGCGGAAGCAGCGCCGCGAGCGCACCACCUUUACGCGCACGCAGCUGGACAUCCUGGAGGCUCUGUUUUCCAAGACGCGCUAUCCAGACAUCUUCAUGAGAGAGGAAGUGGCCCUCAAGAUCAACCUGCCCGAAUCACGAGUCCAGGUCUGGUUCAAAAACCGCCGCGCCAAAUGCCGCCAGCAGCAGCAACAGAGCAGCGGCCAGUCCAAACCCCGCCCCCCCAAGAAGAAGACGUCACCGGCCCAAGAGCCCAACCCCCCCGACCCCGUAGGCAACCCCUCCGGAUCCUACAGCCCCUCCCCCAUCUCCCAAGGCCCUUCCCUGGCCCCCAGCUCUAACCAGGGCAACGCAGCCGUAUCCAUCUGGAGCCCUGCCAUAUCACCCCUCCCCGACCCUCUGGCCUCCUCCGCCGCCCCCUGCAUGCAGCGCCCCUCGGCUUACCCCAUGAGCUAUGGCCAGCCCUCCGCCUACACCCAGGGCUACACGGGCACCUCCUCCUACUUCACCGGCCUGGACUGCAGUGCCUACCUGUCCCCCAUGCACUCGCAGCUUUCCGCCACCGGAGGCGCACUCAGCCCCAUCACCGUCCCCUCUAUGGGGGGCUCUCUGAGCCAGUCCCCGGCCUCGCUCUCCUCCCAGGGCUACGGCACGGCCUCCUCUCUAGGGUUCAGCUCUGUGGAUUGCCUGGACUACAAAGACCAGCAGGCCUGGAAGCUGGGCUUCACCACUAUGGAUUGUCUGGACCACAAAGACCAGAAUUCCUGGAAGUUCCAGGUCCUGUAG